GAUUCCCACUGCAUUACCUAAAACAAGAGAAUUAAAACAUAAAAGCACACAACACAAUCUCAAGACCAACCUCUCUCUCUCUCUCUAUAUCCAGACUCCACCCUCUCAGUACUCUUCCUCAUCAUCUUCUUCUCUCGUGUCGCGUUCUCUCUAUGAGAAUUGAGAUACUAGAGGAAGAAUUCGAAGAAGAAGGCAUGAGAAACAGCAUCCGGUGUUGCAUCUCCUGCAUUCUCCCAUGCGGGGCCCUGGACGUAAUCCGCAUAGUGCACUCCAACGGCCGCGUCGAGGAAAUCAGCGGCACCAUCAAGGCCAGCGAAAUCAUGAAGGCCCACCCCAAGCACGUGCUCAAGAAGCCUUCCUCCCCCUCCACCCAAGACGGCGUUGUUCCCAAGAUCGUCGUCGUCCCUCCCGACGCCGACCUCCAACGCGGCAAGAUUUACUUCCUCAUGCCCCUCCCCUCGCCGCCGUCCGAAAAGAACAGCAGCCACCGCCAGAGGUCCUCCUCCGGGAAGAAGAAAAGAAAGGAACACCACAACGACAACAGAAACAACAACAACAACAAUAAUAAUAACAACGCCACUUCUGUCGCCAACUUGCUCGCCUCUAAUGAGCGCUACUUGACUGAAGUACUUUCCGACAAAGUUUCUACGCAGAGAGACAGAACACGAGGACGUGUCGCCGUCUGGAGGCCUCAUUUGGAGAGCAUUUCUGAGUCACCGUCACUACCUGAUAAUAUGUAACUACUGUAAACGUUUCUUCUUUAUUUCUUCAAUAUCUUAAACCUCUCCUUAUAUUAUACUAUUAUAGCACUCUCAACAUAUAUAUUUUCAUGUUCCAAACUCCAAA